UCUUACUUACUUGUCCUUUGUUCACUAGUACUGGUGUCACCUUUUGGGUCUUUUUGAUUCUUUUGGUUUUGCAGUGCUCUCGUUUGCUCUGGGAAAAAGAAAUGGGUGCCCUGGUUCGUGUUUCCGUUUCAGAUGAAGAGGAAGAACGGAACAAAAAACUUCUUGAAGCUGGGAAUGAGCUGCUUCAGCAGCCUACUUCUUCUUCUAAAGAGGAGCUUCUGGAGAAACUUGAUAAUUUAGAGCAUCUUUUGUCAAUGGUGAAGCAAGUUCCCCCUGCAGCAGCACGAGAUGCUUUUCGGCCUGCAAUGGAAGCACUAGUUGCAGAUGGACUUCUACGACAUCCUGACAUAGAUGUGAAGGUGUCAGUUGCAUCUUGCAUUAGUGAGAUCAUGAGAAUUACAGCUCCAGAUCAACCAUAUGAUGAUAGCAGACUUACGGACUUUUUUGAGCUUGCAGUGUUGGCAUUUGGGAAAUUGUCUUGCUUGGAUGGUCGCUGUUAUUCAAAGGCUGUCUCUAUUAUUGAAGUUCUUGCAAAGUACCGAACGUGCGUGCUGAUGUGGGAUCUCGAGUUAGAUGCGUUGAUUGUUCAGAUGUUUCAACAUUUUCUGAAUAGUAUAAGGCCGGACCACCCUGAUCAAGUAUUCAUGGACAUCGAGGAAAUAAUGAGCAUUAUAAUAAAAGAGAGUGAAGAAAUUCCAAUGCAGCUUCUGAACAUCCUCAUAAGUAGUGUUAAGAAGGAAAACCAGAAUGUGUCACCUCGUUCCUAUGUGUUGGGAGAGAGAGUUCUUCAAGAAAGUGCUGUCAAACUUCAUCCAUAUCUUCCAAAAGCAGUGAGGUCCCUCGGCAUUUCCAUUAACAACUACUCGGAAGUUGUUGAAUUGAUUUGGAUUGAGGCACUUGAAAGUAAAACUACGGUGGAAAAUGCUCCCGAAGAGCUUGCACCACAUGCUGCACCUGACAUAGUUGUUCCGUUCUUAGAUCAAGCACCUAUUUUGCUAGGGAAAGAUGAUCCCAAACAUAAAGACAAUGAUGUCGUUCUAGAGACGGAUACAAUUUUAAAGGAAUCAGAACAUGGAGAUGCAAUGAAGCAGCAAAAAAGUACCGAUUCAAGGACCGCCUUGCAAUCUGAAAACUUGGGGUUUGUAAAUGCAGCAGCCAAAAAAGCAGUAGAUCCAGAAGCUACACAGACUUCAAAGAAAAGAGGUUGGAAGCCUAAUUUUUUGAACAAACCAGAGGAAGGAUACGAUCAUGCUUGGGUAAGUGGAGAAAGGAGGUCAAAAGCCCGUAUUCUCUUGAAGGAUUGUGGGAAAGAUACUAAAAAGAGAAGUAGUUGUUCACCUAAAUGUGCAAUCUCCAAAGGAUUGUAUGGUGAGGAGAAGACUCCAAUAAUGACUUGUAUAAAGAGACACCAAAAGGAGAAAAAUGACAAAUCAAUUUCAGCAAGAGAUGCACCAGGAGCUAUAACCAAGAAGAAAGUCUCACAACCUACAUCUGUUGCUUCAGAAGAAUUUGCUGUUGUGGAGGCAUUAGAAGAGAAACAUGAAAAAGACGACAAGAAAAAUAUACCAGCCAGAUAUCGUGAUAAAAGACGGACGUUAUCUGUUGAUGAAUCAGGAGCUGAGGCAUUGGGCUUUGUCUUCUCAAUCACCAAAGAAAGCAACUUUGCGAAAACCUCUAAGGAUCAACGGAGAAGGAAGAAUUCACCAUCACAAGAAAAGGCAUUAGGUUCCGUCUCAAACACCAAAGGAAGAACCUCCCCCAAAACCUCUAAAGAACAACGUAAAAGGAAGAACUUGCCAUCACAAGAGGCAUUAGGUUCUGUCUCAAACACCAAAGAAAAAACCUCCCCCAAAACCUCUAAAGAACAACAUAAAAGGAAGAACUUGCCAUCACAAGAAGAGGCAUUGGGCUCUGUCUCAAUCAUCAAGCAAAGCAACUUCCCCAAAAGCUCUAAAGAACAACGUAAAAGGAAGAACUCGCCAUCACAAGAAGAGGAUUCUGCGGAUAAGGUUGUCAGAGAGCAUGGCAAGGAGCUCGUUGGCUGCAGAGUAAGGGUUUGGUGGCCACUUGAUCAAGUGUUCUAUGAAGGACUUGUCACUGAUUUUGACCAUUCAGAGAAGAAGCACACGGUGAUCUAUGGAGAUGGCGAUCAAGAAAUGCUUAAUCUUACAAAGGAACGCUGGGAACUAGUUGACAAUGACAAUGCAUCAGAUCCUAUACACGAGAUUGCUCCUGGUCCAAGUGAUUUGUCUGACAUGCGCCUUGGUUGCAUUAUUGAUUCAUAUCGCCAUACAAGGAAAAAAAAGAAGGCUUUGAAUGUUGAUAAUGAUGUGCCGUUGCUAACUCCUGGUACUGAAAGCAAGAAGAAGGCAUGCAGCAAAACAAAGUUAUAUAGUGGGAAAGCAACUGACGAUCCGAUGACUCCAACAAUGACCAUGCAGCAUAAUUCAACUCCAAAAGGAGUGCACCAAAAUAAAGGGAUCAAGGUUGAAGGUUCAGAAUCUGGAGUAGACGAAAAUCCAAGGAGUUUGACAACAACUAUAAAGGUGUCGCCCGAAGAUGGUGAUGUGUCCAGUGAGCUGGUGGAUGUGUGUGGCUAUAAAGUAAAAGUGAGCAGUGCUCCUAUACUUGCUGCCAUUUUUGCCAAGUAUGGUGACAUUACAGUCAACUGUCAAUGUAAAUCACUGGCUGCCAGAGCUUCCCUGCUUGAUGUUGUUAGUGAUGUUGUCAGGCGGCUGAAAACCGGUGAUGUUAGUAUUUCUUCCAUUAAAGCUAUGAGAUCUGUAGUCUCUGAUGCUGUGGAUGCCAAGCUUGAUGUAGCUUGGCUGCAACAGUAUCUGGAUGAGAUCUCUAAAGAGGAGGAUAUGGAGAAAAAGGCUUCCUUACUAAUGGCGUUAAGAGAGACUACCAUGCUCGUCUCCAAAGCAGCUAAAAAGGAUUUGGUAGAAAGCAACAAGGAGGUCUUAGCAGCAGAGAAACGACUCAAAAAGGCUGAAAGGCGCUUGCGAGAGGCCCAAAGCCGAGCAGGAGAGGUGCAAAGGUCUGUCAAAGCAUUUGAAAUACUGGGUGAAAAAGUUCAGCAGGACAUCAAGGAGGCGAAGGAUCAAGAACAAUAUUGGCUGAGUAGGUUGAGUGAGCUUUUAUAGCCCACAACUGUUUUAUCCCUCUACUAAUUUUUCUGAACACUAAGACGGUUAUCUUGACAUGGCUUAUUUUUGUGAAUGAUCAUCAUGAAGCUGGCAAAAUUGCUCAUGGUUGAAUUUUAUUUUGUACAUGAUGGUAAAUUUAACUAUUUUUGUAAACAUUCGCAUUUUGUGUAGCAUCGAGUUUGUCAUAUAGCAAAAACUAAGCUGGAAUGUUUGUA